CUCACUGACUAUCAUCAUCAUCCUCAUCAUCAUGGAGGAAAGGACUGUAUAGCCGAGUGGAGUAAAUUCAACAUCGCUUCCCCAGCUGCCAUAUCCCGGGCUCCUUUUUUCAGCUUCCCGUUGAGAUUUGUUUCGGCCUCCCCCCUUCAACAGAACCGCGACAGCGAGGUGACAGGCAGCCAACAUGAAGCAUUUCCUCCGAGUGGUCACCCAGUUCUUUGUGUUCCUCUACUGUAAACUACUGUGGCGAGGCCUGAAGUUUGUCAUCAGGAAGUUCACUGGACGAUGUGAGCUGCAGAGGAUCUGCUACAACAACAAACAUGGAGCACGCAGGACCCUCAAGAUAGAGUCAUCUCUGAGGUUCUCCAAGAGUGGGCUCCUGCAGUCUGCGCUCAGUGUCCAUCCAGACAAAGUGGAGAAAACCAUUGACGAAAUCAUGGCCUUAAAAAAGAUCAACCCUGACACCAACCCACAACUCGGCAUCUCGCUGCAGGCCAGUCUGCUGCAGAUCGUGGGUUACAGGAGUUUGGUGAUGGAGGUGGAGAAGCUGCGGAGAGAGCCUUACGACUGCGAGAACCAGGAGCACGAGGACAUGCUGAUGAAGCUGUGGAAGGAGCUGCGCCCUGACACGCCUCUCAGCGGCCGCAUCUCUAAGCAGUGGUGUGAGAUUGGUUUCCAGGGUAGUGAUCCGAAGACUGACUUCAGAGGGAUGGGCCUGCUGGGUCUGCACAACCUGCUGUAUUUUGCAGAACAUGACAAAGCUACUGCUCUGCAGAUGCUCAACGACUCGCUGCAACCAAAGCACAAGAGCACACACCGAAAACCAAGUGAAAUGAGCAAAGCUGAAUGGGAGCAGAAGAGCCUGGAGAAAGCUAUUGGCUACUCCUUUGCCAUCGUGGGCAUCAACAUCACAGACCUGGCCCACUCUCUGCUGGUGAGUGGAGCGCUGAAGACUCACCUGUACAACGUGGCUCCUGAGCUGCCCAGUCUGCUGCACCUCCAGCAGACCUUCUGUUACCUGAUGCAGGAGUUUCACCGUUUCUGGAUCGAGGAGGACCCAAGUGACAUCAUGGAGUUCAACCGUGUCCGUUCCAAGUUCCACCGGAGGAUCCUGCGACAGCUGAAGAACCCCGACAUGGUUCUUUGCCCCCACUUCUCUGCCUCUGACCUCCACCUGGUCAACCUUUAAAAACAUACAGACCACAUGCACACACACACACUCCCCUUGACUCCUCACCACGUCCCACACCUCUGAGCCCUACACGCACACACAUCAUGGUGUUUUUUUUGGUUGACCUUCUGGAGGUCAGCUCGUUCUGUACAUCUAAACUCUGAUGAUUAGUCCUACAGCUGCACACAUCUGGUGAGGAUCCUCUCUUUUCUGUCCCAGCUUUUUCUGGUCAUGAUGUUGCAUCACUGCCAACAGCUGACACACAGACACACACCGACAGUACACACCCACAACGACAUGGAUACUGGCUGGCACAGCUUGUGGGGAGUAGUGCGGACUUCACAUGAUUUUAAAAGACAGUCUAGACAAUCCUAAAAAUGUUCAGCGCAGGGCUGUGACAAAACUGAAAUAUUAGUCUUUUUUGGAAAUAUAUAAAUUGAAAACUUAAAAUAAUGUCCUUGCUUAAGAAAAUGAUAAAAUGACUUUGCGACACCAAAAAUGAUUGUAUUUAAAGAACAGUACAGGGAGGGGGCAGUGUUGCUCCAUGCACUUCAUCUGACUUAUUGACUAAAGGGAUAAUAUACGUAUGUCGAUUACUUGGUUCAUAUUUUAGGAAAAACAGUUUCAUACAAACGUGAUGUUUUUGGUCCUUAUGAUUAAACAAGCUGUGGUACCCACAAUGCUAUAGAUACCGGUAUCUGCACACACACACACACACACCAAACACACACACGAAUUGCUCUCGCUGCAGUGUCAGACCACCAGCAUCAGAAAUGACUACAGCGAUUGUAGCUGAGCACCACUAGGCUGCGCCGUCCUCACCGUUACACCUUCAUUGCUUUCUCGCUGUUUUCGCUUUAAUGAGUCAUAACGAUUGUAUCUCAGCCGUUACACCUCAGUCGUUCGCUAAAUAUCCACUUAAUUUAGAACCAAACACGCUCACCCGACCAAAAAGAAGACUUAAUUAUUGUCAUUUCAGUAUUUCACUCUUAGCACUUAGCUACUGAUUCUUAAGAGGGACUGCACAACGCGUAACAAGAAAGACGUAAUUUCAGUCGAUGAAAUCGAAGAUCGAUUGAUAAGGUCUGACCCUUGAUAUAUAAAUCACAUGAAGAGUUAUAUACGUAUUAAAUGUACAUCUGAAUAGCAGAAGAAAAUGGUAUAAUUUAGUACCGAUAAAAAGCAGUCCCACAACAUAGACCCAGUUCGCCUCUGUCUGUAUAAGCUACAUCACGAUAGAUUGUAUUCUACUGUAGUUACUGUAAAUGUCAUCAGGACGUUGCAUUAACACCUAAGACAUCUACUUAUUGCCAAAUUGUCAACUGUGAAGAGUUCAUAUUUAACUAACUUUUAAAUGUUAUCCUGUAAAAUUUAGUUAUUCUUUGGAUUAUUUUAAGGUUAUUAUGUAUGUAAUUUAUGUCAUACAUUUAUAUCAGGGGGGCUUAAAAAACUUUGCCUUUCAUUUGAUGUCGUGUUUACAAUACGGUACCUUCAUUUAUGAAUGUCUGCAUCAUUGAUUGUUUGAUUUAAGUUGGUGAAUGUCAUAAUGUCGAAUCUGCCAAAGCAAUAAUUUACAUCUCUGCAAAUGACUUCAAAUGUUUGUUUGUUUUGCUGUUUGCAUCACAUGUGCCUACUGUACGUGAGUAGUUGCGCCUAAAACAGAGCUGAGAUGUGAAUUACAUUAAUGCUACAUACUAUAAGUAUAACAGUACUAGAGCCUGGAAUAUCACAUAGGUAGAUGCCUACGACCAUUUUGGGGGAAAUACAUUAUAAUUCAUGAACUCCCAGUUUAUAAGAAAAGUUUUGAUCAGUGUCAGUGGUUUUAAUGAAUUUAAUAAACACAGAAGACAUUUUUUAGUUUAUUUACCAGAAAAACUCAGUGUCGGAUUUCAACGGAAAGCAAAAUCUGAAUUCGAAUUCGUUUUUAAUGUAAUGUAUCUGAAUAUAAAUUUAUUAUAAUUAGUCAUUUUUCCCUUGAUCUCAAGGAUGUAUGUGCUGAAAGAUAAAAUUAUUUGUGAUUUUUCUACUGCCACUGAAACUGAAGAAUCACUGUCAUUUAAUUCCUUCGUUAAAUCCGUUAAAAAAGAAGAUGACUGUCUGUAAAGCAUCACCUUAAUUGUUAUUUCAACCGAGUCACUUUUAGAUUUCACAUCGAAGAACUGGACGGAACAAAAUCGUUUUCUGCUUCGUGUGUACGGCUCAUAGUGUGAACAAAAUGUCAACUCAAUAUAAAUUAUAAAAAAAAAAUUUAACUGCCACGCUUGCACCGUCGAUUGUGUUUGAUGCUAUGAAUAUACAUGAAUUCUCACCUGGGUGAAUGUCUUCUGCUGCUGUUUACAUCCGUCAACGUCAGAGCUGCUUCCCUUUCUCGCUUGUCUUUUUUUGCUUUGCUCAGUUCACCUUUGCACCAACACAAGAACAUACAGUAGUAAAUUAUGAUGAUGUAGAUGAAGUUAUAGUCGCACACGCUGCUGUAUAUAUUGCUUUAAAGCUGUGAACAAGACCAUGAUCUGCAUGAGGAAAAUUUCUACCAUGGCUCUUAUAUCACGCGUUUUUCACUAAUGAUUAAAAUACUCUUUAGAUAUUGUGACUGUGAGCUCCAUUUGUCUGUGCUGUACUUUUUGAGAUCACAAUAAAGACUUCAUAUCAGUAA